GCAGCCUCGCGCGCUCUGUCAGGCGGCGCCCCCUCCCUCGGCCGCCGGGCGGGCGGGCGGACCCAGCAGAGCCGGCCCCUCCCUCCCUCCUCCCUCCCUCCCUCCCUGCCCGGCUGGAGCCUCGUUGUGGCGCUGAGCCCCGUCUGAGGGGGGGGCAACAAAGGGCCAUGGAGGGGGGGCUGCCCGCCCAGCAGGCUCCGGGUCGGAAUACGGAGACUCAGCAACUGCUGUCUCCACAACUCCCCACCGACCCUGACCGAACAUUUGAAAGAGAAACGCAGACUGCCGAAAUUGCUCUCACUUUUGUAGCAUCGUUCCAAGCUAUGGAGAAAAAGGUGGAUUCUCAUGCCACCCGGCUGCUGGAUUUGGAGGGGAGGACAGGAACGGCUGAGAAGAAGAUAGUAGACUGUGAAAAAACAGCUGUGGAAAUCGGGAACCAACUGGAUGGCAAGUGGGCUGCCCUGGGGACCUUGAUCCAGGAGUACGGGCUGCUGCAGAGGAGACUGGAGAAUAUGGAGAACCUACUGAAGAACCGGAACUUCUGGAUCCUCCGGCUUCCCCCAGGCUCCAAGGGAGAAACUCCCAAAGUGCCAGUGACGUUUGAUGACGUGUCCGUCUGUUUCAACGAGAAGGAGUGGGAGAAGCUGGAGGAGUGGCAGAAGGAGCUCUACAAGAACUUAAUGAAGGGGAACCACGAGUCUUUGAUCUCUCUGGACUAUGCCAUUUCUAAGCCAGACGUCUUAACCCAGACGGAGCCAGGUGCUGAUUCGUGUCUUGGGGAUGAGCAGGACUCAGAGGAGCAAGGGAGCCUUCCUGACCCGGCUGCAGCAGGCAUAAGGGUGGUGAUCAAAACUGAGGAGCCCCAUUCUGAUGACUGUCUGGAAGAAGACCUGGAGCAGCACCAGAUGUCUGGAAGCUCAGAGGGGGAUUUCCAGGGCCUGGACCAGGAGACCCCUUGCAGGAGUCCAUACAGUGCAGCAACACCUCUGGGAAGCUUUGCAGGGAACAGCCUAGAAGAAGUGAGCGAGUAUGAGAUGGGUUUCGGAGAGAUCAAGAGAGUCACUGUCCAACAUGGCAGCUGCACAGAUGACAGUAUUGUGAUCAAAAUGGAGGAGGAGGAAGAGGAGGAAGACCCGGUCAGCCUAGAGCCGCGCGGGCUGUUCUCUUCAAGAGCUGAGCCGCCAUGCUCCUUGAAUUGCAACGUGGAAGUCAUGCGGGAGGAUCAGCGGGUUACAAAGCCACCCAGAGCCACAGUGGGAAUCUGCGCCCCGCUGUGUGAGAGGGACAAUAGCGCAGAGACACGGCCGCUCACCCUCCAACAGAGGAACCGGACGCGCGAGAGGCCGUACAUCUGCCCAGAAUGUGGCAAGAGCUUCAUGUUGCGCAUCAAUUACAUCAUCCACCAGCGGAACCACCUCAAGGAGGGCCCCUACGAGUGCCACGCCUGCGACCUCAGCUUCCGCAUCAAGCAGCAGUUCCUGCUGCACCAGCGGCUGCACACGGCGAGGCGGGGGGUGGCUCCUCCCCCCCGCCGUGGACAGGCGUUCCCUGAGAAACGCAGCCUCAAGCCACAGCCCCGGCCCCCUCCGCCUCCCGGGAAGCCCUACAAAUGCAGCGAAUGUGAGAGCAGCUUCAGCCACAAGUCGAGCCUGAGCAAGCACCAGAUCACGCACGUGGGCGAGCGGCCAUACUCCUGCAGUGAGUGCCGCAAGAGCUUCCGACUGCAGAUCUCGCUGGCGAUGCACCAGCGGGUGCACACUGGCAAGAGCGAGCUCUCCUUCAUCUGCCCACAGUGCGGCAAGGCUUUCAGCCGCCCCUCGCACCUCCUGCGGCACCAGCGGACUCACACCGGCGAGCGGCCCUACAAAUGCAGCCAGUGCGACAAGACCUUCAGCGAGAAGUCCAAGCUGACCAACCACUACCGCGUGCACACCCGCGAACGCCCCCAUGCCUGCGGGGAAUGUGGCAAGGGCUUCAUCCGGAAGCACCACCUUCUGGAGCACCAGCGCAUCCACACUGGGGAGCGGCCGUACCACUGUGCCGAGUGCGGGAAGAACUUCACCCAGAAGCACCAUCUGCUAGAGCACCAGCGGGCGCACACUGGCGAACGACCCUACCCCUGUACAGAAUGUGCAAAAUGCUUCCGCUACAAGCAGUCGCUUAAGUACCACUUGCGGACACACAUGGGGGAAUGAACUCCCUGCUUGUCCAUCGCCCUGAGCCCUGGCAUCCGGGGACAGCGGACCACUGGGGGCGGGACUCCUUCAUGCAUAUCCCUCCGCCCCCAGGAGCACAGAUUCGUGGCCUGUCCCCUUACAUACUUAGCAGGUUUCAGAAUCAAACUAACCACAGCUGUUGGCAUGGUGAUGCUUGCCAGACCUGAACUCUCCUCCUUGCUUCUGCCCUCCCUGCUCCGUUCCCGUCUUUUUGAUAAUAAAUGUGGAGUCUGAUUUUA